ACAUGGAACAAGAAGAAAAGAAGAAGCAAAAGGGAAUUUUAUCAUUCAGCUUCUGGGGCCUCUCUUCAGGGAGAACCAAAAUAUUAUCCGGACACGAGCUCACUCCCUUGAGCCAGAGGAAGAAGAUGAUGGCGCUCACCGUGUCCACUCUCGCCUCCUCCCUCUCCUCCCUCUCCUUCUCCUCCCUCUCCUUCUCCUCCCAAGUCUCUCACAAGCCCGGCUCCGUCGCGCUCGCUCGCCCCAAGCCCCUCUCCGUCUCGCUCGCCUCCGCGGCCUCCCCUCUCGCCGUGUCCGCCUCCGCCGCCGCCGCCGCGCCGUCGGAGCCUGAGGCCGCGGACCUCCGCAAGUACGUCAAGUCGCGGCUCCCCGGCGGGUUCGCCGCUCAGUCGAUCUUCGGCACCGGCCGCCGGAAAUGCGCCAUCGCUCGGGUCGUUCUGCAGGAAGGCACCGGCAAAGUCAUCAUCAACUAUCGGGAGGCAAAGGAGUACCUUCAGGGCAACCCAUUGUGGCUUCAAUAUGUCAAAAUACCACUGGUAACUCUGGGUUAUGAAAGCAGUUACGAUGUGUUCGUUAAAGCUCAUGGUGGUGGCCUUUCUGGCCAGGCUCAAGCAAUCUCCUUGGGCAUUGCUCGUGCAUUGCUGAAGGUGAGUGAAGACCACAGAUCGCCUUUGAGAGAGGAAGGACUUUUGACUAGGGACUCGAGAGUAGUUGAAAGGAAGAAAGUCGGUCUCAAGAAAGCUCGUAAAGCUCCUCAAUUUUCCAAGCGUUGAGUUUCGAAUUUUUUGUGCGGUUGGGCUGCCUGGACCGUGCUUAUCUGUUGAUUAAUUAAAAUCCUGAACUUCAAAUUCAUGUUCUCCUGUAAUUAAGCAUCAGUAACGUACUUCAUGGGUGUAUCGUCUGCUUAGGACGAUAGUCAGUUCUAAUUCUUGGCAAUUGACAGCUUCAAGCCAUCAACACUAGGAAUUUGACAGAGUGGGAACUUUGUGUCAUUGAUCCAAUGGUUGAUAUAAAGCUCUCUUUUGUAACUC